AUGGACGACCUUUUCCGAGCAGUGUUCAUCCCAUUGCACAAUAGGGAGUCCGUCACGGAGUACAAUAUCGAGUGUAUUGGAAUGACUAACAACAAUGGUAAAAGCGAACUCAUCUGGCACACGAUCCCAGAGGCGAAAUGGGGCCCCUUCGAGGUUCGUCUUAUCGACAUGACUCGCACCGCUGGCAUUGAAGUUUACAUCAACGGACAACGACGAGCU